AAGUGGUGAGUAAAACCUGUCGUAAUAAUAAUAAGGUUUUGUGUGGGUGAAGAAAGAAGUAACUUUUAUCAGAUCUCCCUUUACUAGAGUUGCACAAGAUCAUCCCACCAGGCACCAGUUGCACAAGAUCAUCACUGAGAGUCAAAGACACUGUUCAAUUUCAGAAGAAACUCACCGACCUGACCCUGACCCUGACCUCCUUCAAUGGAGGAGGCUUACGCCCGAUCUGUUUCAGAGGUUCUUGAAUUCUUUGGCGUGGAUCCAACUAAAGGUCUUACAGAUUUACAGGUUACCCAACAUGCACGCUCAUAUGGCAAAAAUGUGUUGCCUCAAGAAAAAAGCACUCCUUUCUGGAAGUUGGUGCUGAAGCAAUUUAACGAUUUGCUGGUUAAGAUUCUAAUUGCAGCUGCUUUUAUUUCCUUUUUUUUGGCACUUGCUAAUGGAGAGACAGUAUUAUCAGCCUUCAUUGAACCUUCGGUUAUCUUGAUGAUAUUGGCUGCAAAUGCAGCGGUCGGAGUGAUCACAGAAACAAAUGCUGAAAAGGCUCUUGAGGAGUUACGUGCAUACCAAGCUGACAUUGCUACUGUCCUGCGCAAUGGUUGUUUCUCGAUAUCACCUGCAGCAGACCUUGUCCCUGGAGAUAUUGUAGAAGUGUGUGUUGGAUGUAAAAUCCCAGCUGAUAUGAGAAUGAUCGAGAUAUUGAGCGAUCACUUACGUGUUGAUCAAGCAAUUUUAACAGGUGAGAGCUGCUCUGUGGAAAAAGAGCUUGAUGCAACGACCGCUACAAAUGCAGUAUACCAGGACAAGACAAGCAUCCUCUUUUCUUCUUCACACAAUGGCAAUAAGUCAAAUUUCUGUUUCGCUGGCCAGGGCACUACAGUGGUCGCUGGAAGGGCAAGAGCUGUUGUCAUUGGGGUUGGAUCUAAUACUGCAAUGGGCAGUAUACGUGAUUCUAUGUUAAUGACUGAAGAUGAAUUGACACCAUUGAAGAAAAAGUUGGAUGAAUUUGGUACUUUUUUGGCAAAGAUCAUUGCAGGAAUAUGUGUGCUAGUUUGGGUGGUAAACAUUGGGCAUUUUAGUGAUCCUGCCCAUGGUGGCUUCUUGCGAGGUGCAAUUCAUUACUUUAAGAUUGCAGUUGCCCUGGCUGUUGCAGCAAUCCCUGAAGGGCUUCCUGCUGUUGUUACAAUGUGUUUGGCCCUUGGGACAAAGCGAAUGGCUCGUUUAAAUGCUAUUGUGAGAUCCUUGCCGUCUGUAGAAACCUUGGGCUGCACGACAGUAAUCUGCAGUGACAAGACUGGCACUCUCACAACAAAUAUGAUGUCUGUGUCAAAGAUUUGUGUGCUUCAUUCAUUAAAUAAUGGUCCAGUGGCCUCUGAAUACGUUGUUAGUGGAACAACUUACGCACCAGAAGGUUUUAUAUUUGACAGCUUGGGAGCCCAGCUAGAUAUUCCUGCUCAGUAUCCUUGUCUUCUUCAUAUAGCAAUGUGCUCAGCUCUUUGCAAUGAGUCUGUUAUACAAUACAACCCAGAUAAGAGGAUUUAUGAGAAGAUUGGUGAAUCAACUGAAGUUGCCCUCCGUUUGCUGGCAGAAAAAAUUGGUCUUCCUGGUUUUGAUACAAUGCCCUCUGCUUUAAAUAUGUUAAGCAAGCAUGAGCGGGCCUCUUAUUGUAAUCGCUAUUGGGAAAGCCAAUUUAAAAAGGUUUCUUUAUUGGAAUUUUCACGUGAUCGCAAAAUGAUGAGUGUGCUUUGUAGCCGGAAGCAGAUGGAGAUAAUGUUCUCAAAAGGAGCUCCAGAAAGCAUACUUUCAAGAUGUACCAAUAUACUGUGUAAUGAUGAUGGUUCUACGGUCCCUCUUUCUGCACAUAUUAGAGCUCAGUUGGAAGCAAAAUAUAAUAGUUUUGCAGGAAAAGAAACUCUUAGAUGCUUAGCUCUAGCCUUGAAAAGAAUGCCUACGGGUCAACAAUCGCUCUCCUUUGAUCAUGAAAAUGACCUUACGUUUAUUGGGUUGGUUGGGAUGCUUGAUCCACCAAGGGAUGAAGUAAGGAAUGCCAUCCUUUCAUGUAUGAAUGCGGGCAUACGUGUAAUCGUUGUUACUGGGGAUAACAAGACAACCGCAGAAUCUUUGUGCCAAAAAAUUGGUGCCUUUGAUCACUUGGGAGAUUUUACUGGGUUUUCUUAUACUGCCUCUGAGUUUGAAGAACUCCCGGCAUUGCAGAAAUCAGUGGCAUUACAACGAAUGACAAUUUUAUCCAGGGUCGAACCAUCCCACAAAAGGAUGCUGGUUGAAGCAUUACAGAAUCAAAAUGAAGUGGUUGCAAUGACCGGAGAUGGAGUAAAUGAUGCACCUGCACUGAAGAAAGCGAACAUUGGAAUUGCCAUGGGAUCUGGAACUGCUGUUGCGAAGAGUGCUUCAGAUAUGGUUUUAGCUGAUGACAACUUCGCCACCGUUGUUGCAGCAGUUGCAGAGGGAAGGGCUAUAUAUAACAAUACAAAGCAAUUUAUUAGAUACAUGAUAUCUUCAAACAUUGGUGAAGUGGUCUGUAUAUUUGUGGCAGCUAUGCUUGGGAUUCCUGAUACUCUUGUGCCUGUCCAACUGCUAUGGGUAAAUUUGGUCACUGAUGGAUUGCCUGCCACAGCUAUUGGGUUUAAUAAACAAGACUCAGAUGUUAUGAAGUCCAAACCUCGGAAGGUCAAUGAAGCAGUGGUUAGUGGGUGGCUGUUUUUCCGUUAUCUAGUUAUUGGAGCAUAUGUUGGACUUGCCACUGUUGCAGGAUUUAUAUGGUGGUUUGUUUAUUAUGAUAAUGGACCCAAACUCCCAUACACUGAAUUGAUGAAUUUUGACAGUUGUUCAACAAGGGAAACAAAUUAUCCGUGCACUAUAUUCAGUGAUCGCCACCCAUCUACUGUUUCAAUGACGGUGCUUGUUGUUGUUGAGAUGUUCAAUGCAUUGAAUAAUCUCAGUGAAAAUCAAUCUUUACUUGUCAUCUCUCCAUGGAGUAAUCUAUGGCUCGUUGCUUCGAUUAUCUUCACCAUGAUCCUUCACAUUCUCAUUCUUUAUGUGCAACCAUUAUCCGCUCUAUUCUCUGUGACACCGUUAAGCUUGGCAGAGUGGACAAUUGUGCUAUAUUUUUCAUUUCCUGUGAUAUUAAUUGAUGAAAUACUGAAGUUCUUCUCUCGAAAUUCAGGAAUUAGAUUCAGUUUCAGAUUCAGACGUGCUGAUUUACUUCCCAAAAGAGAAAUACGCGACAAAUAAGCUCUCACACUUGUACACCGGGGAUUAUAUGACUGGAACCUUUACCUCAUUCUAUAUUCUUGCAAGUAUAUUGGAAGCUCAAGCACUAAAUGUUGCAGCUGAAGAUCAGAUGAAGUACACCCCCCACCCUUGGAACAAAUUUUGUUCCAACUGAAAAGACAUGUGUUUUACAUUUUUGCUGAUUCGUUAUCUUUUAUGGAUCAACUAGAGCAACAAUUUCUUGAUGAGAAAUUAAAAGGAGAUUUAAUUGUUUGAUUAUUCCGUCAAAUAGGAGAAUGUAAAAAAUUUAGUACUAUUCUCAUAUUUAUACCAUAUUUAGGCAGGGAAAAGAAAACGAAAA